CUUCAACCUAGGUGUUUCACUUUGCAGAGGGAGUUAGGUGGUCAAUAAGAGAAGUACCACCCUCCCACUACAUGCUUCACAUUGAAUCUUUCUCCAGUCUUACUCUCUUGCUGUCCGAUGGCGGCGGAACCCAGUUUUUUAAGUCCCAAAUUUUCCAUGCCUGUGGCCACAAAUGGACAUUUUCUGUGUACCCAAAUGGGGGCGUGUACAGGGGCAGCAAGGGUAACACCUCUGUGUUCUUGAGCAUUGAGGACACAGAUGCCCUCCCUCUUGGCUGGGAGGUCUAUGCCGAUUUGAAGUUCUUUCUCUUUGACCAGCGCCGCGACAAAUACUUGGUUUUUCAAGACAACAAAGUGAACCGGUUCCACGUGGUGGUGGAACUCUCCACUGAAGAGGAGUAUCUUGCUCUGCGUUUGAAACUUGUCGGCUCUAAAGAUGGCAGUACUGCACCCAGGCUGCUUGUCAAUUUCAUGAUGUCCAUACGAAACCAGCUGUCCGGAAAAGAUAAGACUGCCAAAGAUUGUGGAUGGGUCACGGAAAAAUCUGCGUGGGGCUGGUCUAAGUUCAUACCUCUAAUUGAUCUGCAAGAUCCGUGCAAGGGAUUUCUGGUUGACAAUUGCAUCAUAAUUGAAGCAAACACUAGGAAUGUGUCAAUAGUCCACAGCUAGUUCCUGCAACUGGCUACUAGGAAUGUGUCAUUUGAUCUGCUGAUUUUUGGUAUAUACAACUCCAAGACUGGGGUUUUGGUGUCU